AUGAUAAGACAAAUUGUAAAGAACCAAAAAUAACAACGUCAACAAUUAACAAACAAACUGACCAAUUACGGACAAAUCCGCUAACUGAAAUUGAUGAUGCAACAAUUACUAAUCAUGAACAAUUAAAUGAUGAUGAUUUAGGUGAUGGUGAUCGAGAAGUUUGGAAUAAAAAAGUUGAUUUCUUACUUUCGGUAAUCGGAUUUGCUGUUGAUUUAUCAAAUGUUUGGAGAUUCCCUUACCUGUGUUACAAAAAUGGAGGCGGAGCAUUUUUAAUUCCUUAUUUAAUCAUGUUGGCCAUCGGAGGGAUACCGUUAUUUUUCAUGGAGUUAGCAUUAGGCCAAUACUUUAGGAAAGGGGCGAUUACCUGUUGGGGUCGGAUUGUCCCUCUGUUUAAAGGUGUUGGUUAUGCUGUUGUUUUGAUUGCUUUCUAUGUGGACUUUUAUUACAACGUGAUAAUUGCUUGGGCUUUAUACUUUUUCUUUGCUUCCUUUGCAACCGAAUUGCCUUGGACUCGAUGUAAUAAUUAUUGGAAUACAAUUAAUUGCUCAGAAAUACCAAUUAAUGAUAAUAGUGAUAUUAAUAGAGACAAUUAUCUUGAUUAUAAUAAUUAUAAUCAAUUAAACAGCAACAAUUCAAGUCCAAAUUUAACCUUAACUGUACAAUCUGAUUCUGCCUCGAUAUCAUCCUUAACAACGUCUUCAUCUUUGUUAUAUUCAUCAUCACAAUUAAGUAAAUCAUCUUCAUCAAUGAUUAUUAAAUUGUUACCAAAUUCGACCAUCAAUUCGUAUGAGGUUAUUAGUCCAACUCGAAAUCGAACUUCACCAGCGAUGGAAUAUUUUAAUCGACGUCUUCUUGAACUUGACCAAAGUUCUGGAAUUGAUGGAUUGGGAACCAUUAAAUGGGAUAUGAGUUUCUGCCUGUUGAUUGUUUACCUUAUCUGUUAUUUCAGUCUUUGGAAAGGUAUCUCAACAUCAGGGAAAGUGGUUUGGUUUACUGCUUUAUUUCCUUAUGUUGUUCUAAUCAUAUUAUUAAUCCGAGGAAUUUGGUUACCUGGAGCUUUGGAUGGAAUCAAAUAUUACCUAACUCCUGAUUUUAGUGCUCUUACCAAAGCAAAUGUUUGGGUUGAUGCUGCUACUCAGGUUUUCUUUUCUCUUGGACCUGGUUUUGGUGUUCUAUUGGCAUUUGCUUCUUACAAUGAAUUCCAUAACAAUGUUUACCGUGAUGCAUUAUUAACCAGUGCUGUUAAUAGUGCAACAAGUUUCCUUUCUGGAUUUGUUAUCUUUUCAAUUCUGGGUUACAUGGCGAAUAAAAGUAAUCAGUCUAUUCAAGAUGUUGUCUCGGAAGGACCUGGAUUAGUAUUCGUUGUCUAUCCCGAAGCUAUUGCAACAAUGCCUGGAGCACCUUUUUGGUCAAUAAUGUUUUUCCUCAUGUUACUUACCCUUGGAUUAGAUUCCUCUUUUGGCGGUUCUGAGGCUAUUAUUACUGCUUUAAGUGAUGAAUAUCCAUUAAUCAAAAGGAAUCGAGAAAUUUUCGUCGCUUUAUUAUUUACAUUCUAUUUCUUUAUCGGCCAAUUUAGCUGUGCUCAGGGUGGUGCAUAUGUGGUUCAAUUACUGGACACUUAUGCUGCUGGAUAUUCAAUUCUUUUUGCAGUUUUCUGUGAAUCUAUUGCUGUUUCUUGGAUUUAUGGCUAUGAUAGAUUCUCUCGUAAUUUAAAACGAAUGCUUGGUUUUGAAGUUGGUUGGUGGUGGAAAUUCUGUUGGGUCUGUAUGGCUCCUGGAUUUAUCAUGGUAAUUAUUAUCUAUGGACUUGUAAGUUAUGAGCCGUUAACUUAUGGAGAUUAUAGAUACCCAAUAUGGGCCAAUAUUUUGGGCUUUUGUAUUGCUGCUUCUUCCGUUCUGUGUAUACCAAUCGUUGCCAUUUAUCAGAUUCUAAUUACUCCUGGAACUUUUCUUCAACGGCUUAAGAUAUUGAUUACUCCUUAUGAAGAUAGUCAAAAAAUGAAUCAACAACAAUUUAACAAACCAAAAGAGCGGAUAUUUGAUUCAACUAAUACUUCCACAGGAGCAAAUAAAGAAACUGCUGCUAAUGUGUGACCUUUGCGAAAAAAGUUCAAUGAUUAACUUAUUCACUCAUCAUUUUAAUCAUCACCAAAUUAAUCAAUUGAUAUAAGCAAAAGUUUUAUCAGGUGUAAACCUUAUAGAGCUUGUAAAUAAUACUAAUUAAUGAUUUAUUAACUUGAUGAUUAGAUGCGUUUAGCUUUAGUGGUUAUUUACAUUUUAAAUGGACAUUAAUAUGUAACAUUAACAUCACAUUUGGAUGCAAUUAAUUUUCAUUAAUCUCGCUAAAUCAAGUGAACAUCAUCAUUUUCCUUUUUGUUAAGUUUUUUUUUUAUUUGACGACAAUUUAAUUUCCUCCUUUUAUUAUUAUACAAGAUGAUCAAUGAUAUAAAACAAUUUACAUUAAUUAUCAAUUCGACAUCAACAUGAGAGUUUCUCUCUCUCUCUCUCUCUCUCUCUCUCUCCUAUCUAAUUAUUCAUUAAUAUUCAACUAGUCUGAUAAUUAGUCAAUCUACCAAUUGAAUAUUCAACUUUAAUUGUGUUUCUCCCUAUCAGAUAAUAAGUUAAUCCAGGAAUUAAUUUUAUCUGAAAGUUAUAUUAGUUAUAAAAUACAUUAACAGUUGACUUGAUUAGCAAAAAAAAAUCUACUGAUUCUUGUUUACUUAUGUAACAAUUAUUAUUACUAUGAAUGAUAAUUUUGUUAUAUUAAUUAAAAUAUUAAAACAAUUACCAACAA